AUGAUUGAUGGGUGUCCCAAUUUUGCAAUUGGUUUGAAUCUCGAGGGUGAGGUUAUAGAUGUCAUACAACUUCACCAAAUUGUGGCGCUCAUAACAACAACUUCUGUAUACAUCUACCACCUGUAUACUUUAUUACCUUUAGCAAAUCAUACCAGAUCGUCCAGUUCGAUAGAAUCCAAUGGUGUCAACAUCAAGGCAAAGAAAAAGCUAAUACACACUCCGCAUAGCGGCAGACAAUCAAAGCUCAACUUGUUCAUUCAAACCGAUUCUAACUUCAUUGUCAUUUAUCAAAUUAGCAUUGAUUAUUCUCAUCCUAUUUACGAAGUACACAACAGCAACCAUGAAUUGAUACAAGCCGCGGUACCAAUGAAUUAUUCGCUUGGUAAUUUUUCAUUUACAAAGUUUUUACAAUCAGCAACUAAGUCGUUUAUGCAAGGACACGAUGAAGAUGUGUCGCCAAAGUUGGAGAACGUUGAGAGUAUAAAUAACAAUUCCAUUGAUGACGAAUUGGGUGGAUACGACAUUGAACCGGUUAAAUUAUCAGUGUACAAAGUCUUGCAAAUGGGACUGGGUAGUGCUGGUGAACAGCAGUUUUGGCUUCGCCUGAAUUCACACGAGUUGUUUGUUUUCAACUUUGCCAACGAAUCGAAUGAGGAAGUAAAGGGGGACUCUUUUCAAAUUGUUGAUUUGUCGACAUUUGAAACAAAGCUAAUUGACUUGUCCAUAUACAAAUGGUUCAAGCACACGGCAAAGAGGAUUUUUUACAACCAAUUUGAGGAUUAUUUCUUGUUGGUUACAGAAAAUAAUGAAGUAUUGCAUAUAAAGUAUGAAAGUGAAGACUUCCAUGCACACACAGUUGGGCUGGGUGAUUUGGACAAUGUAAAUUUCAGUCCGUCCUCUAGCUUGUUGAUUAGUGAAGAAUCUGAAACUUGGAAGCUUUUCAACCUCAAGGAUAGAAUAUUGGAGAAGUUAAAAACAUUGACCAUUCCACAAGGAAAAAUAUCAUGGGCAAGCUGUGGAGAUUUUUUUACACUAACUGAAGAUUCAGGACAUUGGAAACUUUUAUCUCGUUUUGGCAAGGUAUUAUUCGAUACUCUUCAAACAGUGAAUGAAUUGAAUGGUAAGCACGAUCAAACAGCGGGGUUCUUGAACGCAAAGUUUAUUUUAGUUGGCGAGAACUCAAAUACGGUGUAUGUGUUAUCACAAGUCACCAACAAGCUUUACUCCAUCCCACUCUACAAUAUGGUCAACGACAUUGUCUACAACAAAAACUACAUAACUGUCAUUGAGAAUCACCGAAAUUUCGUACGCUUCCCCAUGUUGCCCAAGUUUAAACGCUUGUUGCUACAACACGAGAGUGUCAGUUCAGUUGGUAAGCCAUCUACCCCACACGGUAAACUAAUACUAUCGAAAAGUAGUUUUGGCCAGUUGUCAAUAUCAUAUGGUGACAAUAUCGCUGUUUCAACUCCAAUCCACUCUGGUGGACAAACCAAUCAUGUACUAUGGUUCAAUUUCAAGAACCAUUUUGCUGAUGCAAUGAACAUUAUUGAUCAGUUUUGGUUUCAAGAUUAUCUCAUAGUCGUAAACAGAAGAGUUCAACACGACUUUGAGGCUGAUGAUGAUGAUAGCACUGAACAUUUUGUUGAUGAGGUGAUUGUAUUUGAUACGUCACGCACCAAAUAUGGAAUGAGUGGAGAAAACAUCGUGCUCAGUAGCGAUGCAUUACUUUGGAGGUACGACUUUAAGUGCACUUUUGUUGUUACACAGCUUAUCCAAGAUAAAGAUGUGUCACAUGUAGUGAUUUUAACUGCUGAUUCUCGACUAGUUGUUCUUGAUUUGGUUACGGACAAGACUGUCAAUUUGGACACCGAAAGCAAGCAUUAUCGAAUAUUCAUCUCGACAAAUAAGACCGUGCAAUUAUCAUCACUCAAACACAAACUUAACUUGCACGAUACUCGACAGAUUAGUAUGAUUGAUAAGCGACAUUUCUUGUUCUUGCUGAAAUCGGGCGAGCUUUAUCUUUUGAAAAAUGUCAGUCGAACUUCUUCCAUCAGUAAACUGCCCACCGAUGUCAUCAAGCCUAGUAACAUGUACGACUUGAUAAAAUUGAAUUCCAGCAUUGAAUUUUUCAAAUUUGUCACUAUACCAUUCCAAUCGCCAGUGCCAUUCAUUUACCUAUUCAAUGGGAAUCAAAUAUUGAUAUACGACGUUGAUGAAAUGGUUGUCAAAGCGCACAAUAAAUUACACAACGCACAUCAAGAAGAUGUAUUUGAGGCUGAAGAAGAAUCGGAGCUCGUACCCAUUGCGAUUGAUGCUGAUGACAUUUUGCCACUAGAGAUUGAAACUGAUUCAAAAACAAUUAAUUUGAUCGGAUUGGAAAGUUCAAACCAAACUUAUCACCACGAUGAUUUCAUAAUCAAGAAUAAGUUAGCUCACAAAUUGAUUCUCAACAAUUUCAUUGAAUUCGAUUUGGUCCAUCGAGGUGACUUAGAGAGUACAUUCAACAAGUACAAGCCAUUUACAAAUUUCCAAUUUUGUUUGGAGUUGUUGUUAUUCAAACUCUUGGUUGAAGAAGAACCACAAGUAGAGUCACAAUCAAUAUUAACUUUGAAGCGACUUUUCCAGUUGAUUGAAUUUACGGAAAGCCCCGAGUCCAUUUACAUAAAUUGUUUGAGAAAGAUUGAAGUUGCGUAUUGGGGGAAAUUUUUCGACGUGUUGAAUACUACACCUGUGAAGUUUAUGGACAGAUUGAUUAAAUUGGACAACGUUGAGUUAUGCUAUCAUUACCUCAUUGUGUACUUGAAUUACAAAAGAGAAGGUGAGCCGGGUGAUGACAAUGACAAUGACAAUGACAGUGACAGUGACAGUGACAGUGAAAAUGACAAUGACGUUAAAAAAACCACGACGUCUACUUUGAUUGCAAAUGUUAAUGGUAGCUCUGAUCAAUUGAAUGAUGAUGAUAAACAGAUUAUUGUUCAAAUUAUCAAAAUGUUAGCAGAGAGUGAGAAAUGGGAUUGGUGUUUUGAGCUAUGCAGAUUCAUCAAGAUCUUAGAACCAUCUGGUCUGUUUUUAAAAGAAAUCAAGGCUCAAGUUGGAUAA